AUGUACAACGAAAAGCCUAAUCCAGACCCGAUAGACGCACUCGUUAGUCGCCUGCCUUCUUUGAUCCGAGAGAGACAUCAAUCGCAGGUCAGUCAACGACUCAGCGAGGACGAUACUCUUAUCCAGCACAUGAUGCCCUUCGUUAGAGACUUUUUUCUCGAUUUCUCGACGGAGACACACACGAAGGGAUCCCGAGACUCCCAUGAACCACUGUCGAUGGAGUUGAUGCUGGUUCCGCAAGACGCUGCCCGGCGUGAUGAAGGAUGGACACUUGCCGGAAUUGACGAGAGGAGGGAGCAAACGGCCUUUUUCAGAUUAAACGAAAUCGCCGCGCCAAUGCAGCUCAGAUGGGUGUCGAAGAACGGAGAGUCAAUUCAGGUCCGUGACGAUGCAGCAGGAACAGACAUAUUGUGGUGGCGUGACGAAGAGCGUGCUCUGCGACUAGCUUCGGCUCUCAGAGGAAUCGUGACUCCUGAGCGGUCUCAACAGGAAGAAGCGCAGCAACAAGUGGAAGAGGAGCAAGAAAUAGCUGAAACUCCCGACAGCAAAGGCAAAUCACCAAUACGAUCGUUCUUUGGCCGUUCGAAGAAGUCUCCACAGGCAGUUCAGCGGCCCUUUCCCAAGAUACAAAACAAGACUUUCGCAACAGUCUCCUUAGGAAGUGUUGACGUACACGUGCAGGCGGAGGAAGUCACUUUCCGGGGAGAAAAUGACUUUGGACUAUGGGAGAGCUCCUCAGGUUGGGCGAUCGUCAUCGAUGCGACAGUAUCAUAUUAA